UUGCUUGACGGUGGGCCAAGCAUUGUAGCUUUCCAGCUUUCCGUACUAAUGAAAAUAGCAAAGUGUGCACUGUGCAGUGUCCUUGUGUUCUGUGAGAGAGCAGAGGUGUCGCAGUCAGUAGCCUACCGGAGAGAGGGUAAAGUGCCCGGCUUUGAGUGUCACUGUCAUCGGACGUCAGGAACCAGAAAGUCCCGUACCUCUGACUGACUGAACCCCGGCUUGUGGAGCCGCUUUCUCCUUGGAUGACCUACACGCAACCUCUCACAGGAGCAGCGGCCGUCGGUUCGUACAGCUGAACACCUGCUGGUUAGGAGGUGCAGCGGGUUGCGUGUUAAUAUACAACUCACAACAAGGCAAAGCGAGUCUCUUGCAAGCGUCAGGCCGACUCUGGAGCAGCUGAUCUGGGGAACAAAAUAAGACACGUCGCGAAUUUCUUUUCCACAUCGUGGCUGCGUCAGGAGGAGCGGACAGCGGACUAAAAGUUGGAGUUGACAGUCAAUGUGCGCACCUGAUACAUAAGAAGACAAGACAGGUCGUUAAACACAGACACUACAGAAUACCUUGGCGUUCACAUGAUGUACACAAUCACCAGAGGUCCCAGCAAACUUGUUACACAACGGAGGACAGGUCCCACGCAACAAAUCGAGAGCAAAUUCAGCGACUUGAAGCUCAAGCCGACGUCUUGGCUCUCAUCAAACUCUCCGCCCCCGAAGAUCGUGUUCAAUCGUCUGAACGGGAAGCGCUACCACGGUGCAGCCACACAGAAGACCGCCAGCCCGGCAGAGGGAUUCACUCCUGCACAUGAAGAGAACGUCCGAUUUGUGUAUGAAGCGUGGCAGGAGGUGGAGCAGAAGAUGGAAGAUGGGGAAGGUGGGGAGUCAACUGCCAGCCAGGGGCCCGUUCAGUACACUGAGAAGACUCCCAGUGCUGCGAUGAAGAACUUUGUGCCCAUUGACCUGGAGGAGUGGUGGGCUCAGCGCUUCCUUGCCAACAUUGCCAACCUGUCCUGACUGGCUGAGGCUUUGAGGCGGGACAGGAAGCUCGGCGUUGAUGCUCCGUCGUGAGGGCAUCACGAGGGCGGAGAGGAGGCGAGGCGAGCAAAUCUCCGGUAUCUGCGGUGCAAAAGGGUCGUGCGUAAUUAGGAAUCUGAUUUGAUGCCCUGUGCGUCAUGCUGCUGUAGAUGCAACAGCGACCUAACUGAA